AUGACAACGGAAAGGCGGCCGCUCCAAUCUCAAAUCUCACCCAACAUCUUCAUACACGCCGGGACAAAGCCUCGGACACCUCGAUAUGAACGGACAGAGGAGCGGAACGCGAGGCGAAGAUCAAGAUCAAGGUCAUCACCAUCACGGCAGGACGAGGACGGGGACAGCAACGGCGGUGACGACGACGACGACGAGGUAUCUUCAACUACCACGCGAAGAUGCCGAUCCCGACCCCGAUCCCGAUCCGCAUUGAAAUCCCAGCUCCGCCUCGUCUUCUUCAUCACAGGCAACCCCGGCCUCGUGGCGUAUUAUCAUCCCUUCCUGUCGUUUGUCGUGCGGGAUCUCACGGAGCAGAAGCGGGAACGCUGCGCGGAUGCUGAUGCGGAUGUCGUUGUGGUGGUGGGGAUGAGUCUUGGUGGGUUCGACGUCCGCAGUACGCAUGGGACGCAUGGCGGAGAGGGCGCAAGGAAGCGGCGCGGUGGCGGUGCUGGCGCCGGUUCAUAUUCAAAGGCAGACUCGCAUCCAGGUUCACGUUCACGUUCAGACUCCGCCUCUCUACACGAGUGGGAAGAGCAAAGGUUGCUCUAUCCCGCGACGUUCAAGCGUGGGGGCGGAAAGUUGUUCACGUUGCGCGAUCAGGUCGAUCUCAGCUACGCGAGGGUGGAGGAUUUGGUGGACAGAAUACAACACGAGCAGGAUGGUCAGCCUGUGGAAGUGGAUGUGGUAUUGAUGGGUCAUAGUGUUGGGGCUUAUAUCUGUCUGGAGGUGGUCCGAUUAUGGCAUGAACGGCAUACAGCAGGACAAGAUAUUCAGACGAGCUCUAAUACGAGUACUCCGGCCAAAGUCACGCUCAGCUCAAGGUCAGCGCCACUCUGGUCACCCACGGCGUGUAUCCUUCUCACGCCCACAAUCCAAGACAUACAUCUCUCGCCCUCUGGGCUCAUAGCCACGCCACUUCUCACGAACCUUCCAUUCCUGCCAUUUUUGGCUCAAAUCCUGGUCCGUUCCGUCCUCUUGCGACUCGUUCCUGCGUCAUGGUUUGCCGCGCUCGUUUCACGUGUGACGGGUAUGCAGCCGGGUAGCCAUGGACUCGAAGCCACGUUGGUCUUCCUGAGAAGUGAAGAAGGUGUCGAGCAAGCGUUGCACAUGGCAAGCUGGGAGAUGGAAGAGAUUCGACAGAAUCGGUGGGGGACGGAAGUUUGGGGAGCGAGCCAUGGUGAAACUUUGGCGGUUGCUGCUGAAGAGAAACGGUACCCAAGUCCGAGACUGUUCUUCUGGUUCUCCAAGGAUGACCACUGGGUUGCAGAGAUGACGAAAAAGGCUAUCAUCGAGGGUCAAGCUCCAGGGACUGCUGUACACCGACGCCAUGUUGCUGGUUCGGCAGAGACAGCAGAGACUGAUGAGAUCGCGGUCCAGGUCGACGGCACAAAAGAAACCUUUGGUGCGAGUCCAACCAUCCGUAUCCUGGAGUCAGAAGGACUGCAGCAUGCGUGGUGUUUGGCCCAGAGCGAGAUCGUGGCGAAAGGGGUCCGACAGUGGUUGUAA